AUGAUUUUUGCCAGCUACGCUGCAGUGUUCAGAUCACUGGUUUUGGUGCUGGUUCUGGCACUCACCGUAAGGAGCUCACCCCAUCAGAGGGUAGCUCGUCCUUGGCCCAGCAAGGACGGUGGCUCUGUGAGGCUCAGUGAAGAUUGCCUGAACCAAAAGGGUCUCAAAUUCCCUACAACGGUGCAAGUUGACGUUCGUAUCAGCAAUUCAGAUCAUGCCUUUAGGAUGGUCCAUGAUGUCAGGAACCGGUCUCUCGCUCCUUGGGAUUACAGACUCGACGAGGACCCCAACCGCUUCCCCCAGGUGAUCGCUGACGCCAAGUGCCGCCUCUCCGGCUGCGUGAACCCACUGGGGCAGGAGGACCACAGCCUCAACUCCGUCCCCAUCCAACAGGAGAUCCUCGUCCUCCGGCGGGAGCAGCGGGGCUGCCUGCCCACCUACCGCCUGGAGAAGAAAGUCAUCACCGUGGGCUGCACGUGUGCUGCGCCAGUCGUCCACCACCAGUCCUAG